AUGGCUCCCCGUCUUCCCCCGUCGAGAAGCUUUCUCUCGCUCUCCGCAAGAACGCUAGCUUUCCAGCUUAGAAGGAGAGUGGACCAUCGACAUCAACCCCUCGCCAUCUUUGCGUAUGCCGAGGACGGCUACGCCAAGGAGAACCUUGGCAACUGCAUCUUCUCCUAUGUCGAGUCCGGUGUUUCCCGCAUCAAGGACUUUGUCGAGAAGUACGGCGAGGCCGGCGUGUCCGAGAUCAACACCCUCGCCCCCGCCCACGUCCUCACGCUGGACCUGGACGAGACCGACUCGGUCUACUACUGCGGCGCGGCGGUCAAGGAGGGCAAGCUCACCAUGCUCUUCAACGCCAAGAACCUGGGCGUCAACAUCAGCGACGCGCUGAGCCGCGAGAACCUCGAAAAGGCGCUCAACCAGGCCGAGCAGCCCGAGGACAACAAGCUCAACUACAUGGCGCGCCGCAGCAUCCGCGAGGACUGGGACCCCCAGGCCGAGGCCCUCACCAAGAGCGCGCGCGAGCUCCUCAAGAACGAGAACCUCAACUUCCGCCCGGACUUUGACAACCUCUUCGCCACCCUCAAGGCCAACCAGGCCAAGCUCGACCGCAACGACUGGGACGAGAACCUCGGCGGCUGGGUGCACAGCUACUUUGAGGGCGUGGUCAGCCAGCUCAAGUGGCAGCAGUUUGGCGAGGACGACAUGCUCCAGGAGGGUUUCGCCGAGGCGGUGCCCAACAACGAGAUUGCGUUUAGGAUCGUGGAUAAGACGGAGAAGAGCUACAACGAGUGCGUGAUUGAGGAUGGCACCACCACCAUUGCCAACUGGGGUGUCAACAUCAGCGACGCUGCUCAGGGCUUCGUGGAUAUUCUCUAA